GAUGCCACUGAAUCAGAAUUCCAACCUCAUGAUCUUAUUAAAAAACUUAAAAAGUGGACAACUGAUUCAUCCGCGUUUAAAUAUUAUAGCAUUGAAGCUAUUUCUGAACUAGAAUUACACAUUCGCACCUUAGUUGCUCUCAUAGAAGUAAUUUGCAAAAGUGAAAUUCGAAUUCGACAUGAUUUGAGAGAAAAAAUUUAUGCUCAGUUAGGAAAAUUUGCUGAGAUACACUUUCGAUCAACUGAAGUUAAUGAAGAAGGUUUUAAUAAAGUUUUUAAAUCAAAAUUUGAAGAUUUUAAUCCACAUUCAAAUGACAGAAUUUCACAUGGUGCAGAUUUACCUAUAGACAAUGGUGUAGAAUUACUGUUUAAAUGUUUACAAGAAGCCUUUAAUUGGAAGUAUCCAAUCUCUUCGUGGUAUUAUGGAUGGAGAACACUACUUGAACUACACUUUAAUAUUCAAAAUUUUCUUCAAGAAUGUUCACUUUCUUUAAAAUAUGGUGAAAGUUUGUUACUUGAAUGCUUAUGGCAUUGUGUAUCAAAAAGUUGGUCAAAUCCAAUAUCUCAAUCAGAGAAUUUUAUAAAACAGAAGCAUUUUAUUAACAAUCUUUUAGGUAAUGAACCACUUGCAUUUCCACAUUCCUUAUGGUUUGGAGCUCUUGAUAUUACACAAGAUUUAAUUGCAAAAACUCAAAGAGAUUCAACCUUAGGUAUUUGUUAUUAUUUAGCAUUAGAAUCUUUACAAAAAUCACCAUCAUCUUUUAUUCGUUUCAAGGCCACAGAAGUUUUAAUUAAAUUAUCAAAAAGAAAUACACUACUUUACAACAUUAUUAAAAAUGAUUUUAAAGAUUAUAAAUAUUCUUUAGAUUCAAUAGAAGGGUUAAAGUCACAUCAUAUGAUUGAAGCAAUUCAUGUAAAAGUUUCACAAGAUGAAAAAUUAGUAGACACUAACAAAAAUAAUAUAAGUAGCUUAAUGGGUAAAGGAAAGGCUAUCACAACAUAUAACUUAACUUCAAGUGAUAAUUUGAUUUCAGAAAUUGUCACUACAGAGUUUUCUUGUCCAGUAACUUAUCAAAUUCCAAAAAGCUUUCAAAUUUUACCCUGUGAACAUUUAAUUAGUCCUGAGGCAUUGCGAAAAAUUAUUAAUAAAACAUCACAACCAACUUAUGAUAAUAAUAAUGUUGCUCAAGAUCACAAUAAAAAUACUUCUGAUAAAAGUAGUGAUGAAGAAGAAAUUAAUAUCUCUAAACUCAAAUCUCGACAAAAAUUUAUGAUAUCUGAUUCAACACUUGUAAUGGCUAUUAAUGCGCUUACAGAAAUUCUUGAAGAAUAUCCCACAAGCUAUUCAUUAAAAUGUUAUCGGGCCAAAGCUUGA